AUGGUGUCUCAGGUGGAAGGUGGAGGCGGCAUAGUGGAUGCUGCUCGCAUGGACGUGGACACUCACGGCGUGCGGCUGGGAAGGGUUCGCCUGCGUGCCACCCUGCGGCCAGAGGUGGGCGACAAGCUCACGAGUCGGCACGGGCAGAAGGGGGUCAUCGGCCGCGUCCUGCCCUCCCAUGACCUUCCCUGGUUCGACGGCGUUGCCAGAAUAUACAUUGCAUACUGUGGGGUGACGGGGCAGGAGAUGGAAGGGAGGGUGUUUGUGGGUCCCACUCACUACCUGCGUCUGAAGCACCUAGCAGCCGACAAGAGAGCCACACGGGCUAUCGGUACCAAGCAGGGAGCAUGCAUCAUUCAUCUACCAACCUCCCUUCGCUUUCAUCACAUCCCAUCCUUCAUUAUCCUCCCCAACACCCAACAGGCGACAACCAGACAGCCAACUAAGGGCAGGGCGCAGCAGGGGGGCAUGCGGGUGGGGGAGAUGGAGAGGGACUGCCUGGUGGCACACGGGGCAGCACACUCCCUCUCAGAGCGCCUCUCCCUCCUCUCAGACGCCACCGCUGUUGCCGUCUGCUCUGCCUGCUGUCUCAUUGCCUCUGCGGCCGGUGCCUCGGGGGGAGGACUUGGGGCUGGUGGUGAUGGCGUGUACGGCGCUGCUGGUGCUACUGCUGCUGCUGGUGGUUUCGGUGGUUUUGGAGGAGAGGGGAGUGGUCGUCACGGCUCUGUGUGCCAGUCGUGUGGAAGCAGCACAAACACCACAGAGGUGUGCAUGCCGUAUUCUUUGAAACUGCUGUUUGAAGAAAUGAGGGCCAUGGGGAUUUCCGUGCGCCUGCAGCCAUCCCACUGCUGA